CGAUACGAGACAGAACAUCAAAAGGCAGCCCACCAUCACCUCCUUCAUGGCAACACCAACCCAAGGUCUAAAAGAGAAGAACACACAAAAAACAACAGAACAACUACAACAACACUCCAGUUUAAUCAAUAGAAUAUGUACAUUCCAUCCACGAAAGCCCCUCUAUUUCUCAUGGCCUCGAUAGCCAGACAUCCUUCGUCGAUGCUUGCCGCCCCUUCCACGAAACUCAUGAUGUCUACUAGAGCCGCUACUCAACCACAAACGACAGUUUUCCCAUUCUGGCUUCGUCUCAAGGGUAUGGCCCAGUUUGAGGAUCGACAACGUGUCACUUCCGAGGUCGCCGACAGCAUUUCGGCUUCGGGGGGAUUUCUAUCACGCGCCAACAUACUCUCAGAUAUGGUCACCGUCAUGACCAUGGAAGAUGCCGAGCCAGACAGAAUUGGAAGAUUCCAGCAACGGAUGGGAGAUGUGGAAGGAUUUCGGCUGGACGACGAGUCCACAGCAUUGUUGGAAAACUGCCAAAUGCUUCUAAAAGAGAAUGAAGAUAUCAAGAUCCCACCGUCCGUCUUUGCCAAUCUCCAAAUAUCAUGGUUGAAUGCCCCAGGAAACCUGCGACAAGAUAUUGUCGCUGAUGGGUAGAUGCGGAAAUCGUGGGUUUUGGAAGUUUGAUACAGUAAUUCGCUUUGAGCAGUUACUAUAAUGAACAAAAGUUCGAAAUGAAACACUUUUUGCUGCAGCAGAGACAGUCCUGGUAGCAGGCAGCAGGCA